GAGUCUCUCUCUCUCUCUCUCUCUCUCUCACACACACACACACACAGAGUCUCUCUCUCUCUCUCUCACACACACACACACACACACAGAGUCUCUCUCUCUCUCACACACACACACACACACACAGAGUCUCUCUCACACACACACAGGGAGACUCUGCACUUUACACAGCUCUGUCUGGGUUUAUGAGGAGUAGAAGAGUGUUGGGGUUCUGUAAGGUCUAUAAGGAGGAGAACUCUGUACUGUAACCCUGUACUGUAACUCUGAGGGAAGAUAACGGGAGCUCGCGCGCUCUCAUCUGAGGAUUAACUGAAAAGCGCUGCGAGUUUUACUGAAACAGAGACACAAUGUCUGGAGAUCUCCGUGGCAGACAGAUGUCUCUCCCCCCACCUCUGGUCUCUCUGCACACGUCCAUGGAUGAAAAGUACAAAGAGAUUGCAGAGGAGCUGCUAGCACGCUCUCUGGUGGACGGUGAGGUGAGGAGCGCUCCUUAUGAGUUUCCUGAGGACACACCUAUCGAGCAGCUAGAGGAGAAACGACACCGGCUAGAGAGACAGAUCAGUCAAGACAUCAGGCUUGAGCCAGAGAUUCUGCUGAGAGCCAAACAGGACUUCCUGAAAAUUGACAGCACAGCUGACCUGCAAAACCUGAGAGAGCAGGACGAGGGGACGGGGGAUCAUAUGGUUCCUAAGGACACGGAGACAGUGUUAGAGAGAGAGUUUCAGCGCGUCACUAUCUCUGGAGAGGAGAAGUGUGGGGUGCCCUUCUCUGACUUGGCUGACUCUGCAGUGUGUAUCAUUAAAGCAUUGUUUAUUAGACAAAAGUACACAAGUGUGUCGAUGCAGGAUUUCUGCCGCACCACCGCCCGUCUGCUGCAGCAGCUCUCACACACACACACUUCACCCGACUUCAGCGUUGACACUGCUGAGAGUGAAGAUGCCCAGUUGCCCCCCACAGGUUCAGAGACACAUCCGUAUGAGGGGCAGGAGUGUAAGCCCCUCCCCUAUGACCUCGGAUACAGCUGCAGGAUGGAGUGUGGUGUUGUACACGUCUACACCUCCCCCACACACAGUACGGAGCUGGACCUUCCCUACCCGGAUCUGCAGGAGUUUAUCACUGAUAUGAACUUUAUGAUGGCACUUAUCAUCAACGGCCCAGUGAAGUCGUUUUGUUACCGCCGGCUGCAGUACCUCAGCUCCAAGUUCCAGAUGCACAUCCUUCUGAACGAGAUGAAGGAACUCGCAGCUCAGAAACAGGUUCCUCAUCGAGACUUCUACAACAUCCGCAAGGUGGACACACACAUCCACGCGUCCUCCUGUAUGAAUCAGAAACACCUGCUCAGGUUUAUAAAGCGAGCCAUAAAAAAGUAUCCUGAUGAGGUGGUGCACAUGGAGGGUGGGCGGGGCCAAACCCUGACGGAGGUCUUCCAGAACAUGAACCUGACGGCAUAUGACCUAAGCGUCGACACACUCGACAUGCAUGCGGACCGGAACACCUUUCAUAGAUUUGAUAAGUUUAAUGCGAAGUACAACCCCAUCGGAGAGUCGAUACUGCGAGAGAUCUUCAUCAAAACUGACAACUACAUCCAGGGCAAAUACUUUGCCCACAUCAUUAAGGAAGUGAUGUCAGACCUAGAGGAGAGUAAGUACCAGAAUGCCGAGCUGCGUCUGUCUAUUUAUGGACGAUCGAGGGACGAGUGGGACAAUCUGGCUGAAUGGGCCGUCUCACACUCCGUCUACUCACACAACGUCCGCUGGCUCAUCCAGACUCCACGCCUGUAUGAUGUGUACCGCAGUAAGAGACAGUUGAUGAAUUUCCAGCAGGUGUUGGAGAACAUCUUCCUGCCGCUGUUUGAGGUGACAAUCAGCCCACAGACACACACACAACUGCACCUGUUCCUACAGCAUGUGGUGGGCUUUGACAGUGUUGAUGAUGAGUCGAAACCAGAGCACCAUGUGUUCAGUAUGGACAGCCCUCACCCUGACACCUGGACUGAGGAGGAGAAUCCGCCGUACGCUUAUUACCUCUAUUACACCUACGCUAACAUGACUGUACUGAACCACCUGCGCAGGAGGCGGGGCUUAAACACUUUUGUUCUGCGACCUCAUUGUGGAGAGGCGGGGCCUAUUCACCACUUGGUGUCUGGAUUCAUGCUGUCGGCCAACAUCUCACACGGCCUGAUGCUCAGGAAGGCCCCUGUGCUGCAGUACCUGUAUUACCUGGCUCAGGUGGGCAUCGCUAUGUCACCCCUCAGCAACAACAGCCUGUUUCUUAGUUACCAUAGAAACCCGUUGCACGAGUACUUGUCACGUGGCCUCAUGAUCUCUCUCUCAACUGAUGAUCCGCUGCAGUUCCACUUCACCAAGGAGCCCCUGAUGGAGGAGUAUAGUAUUGCUGCUCAAGUAUGGAAGCUUAGCUCAUGUGACAUGUGUGAAUUAGCCAGAAACAGUGUGCUUAUGAGUGGCUUCUCACACCAGGUGAAGGUGUCGUGGUUGGGGGCAGGGUACAGGUGCGAGGGUCCUGACGGUAACGAUAUCCGCCGCUCCAACGUUCCCGACAUUCGCCUGGCCUUCAGACACGAGACUCUGUGUGACGAGCUGCAGCUCAUUACCCACGCUGCACGCAUACAGGGGGCGGGGCCAGAAGUGGAGACCAUUCAGAAAUUAAACUGAGACUUUUCUCCUCUUUUCCAUUCCUUUCUUUAUACACAUCAUUCAGUGUGUUGUUUUAAAGUAAAAUUAUUCACUAAUAUAUACUAAUGUUUUUGUUUAGACUGACAGUGUGUAGAAGUGUGUGUCACAUUAACACUGAUUCUGUUGCUAUGUUAACUAACACACACACACACACACACACACAGAUCUUGUUGGUUUUAGAAUUUUAUCAUUUAAAUUAGUUUACACAAUUUACCUUUUUUUGUCUUAUCCUUCAUUUACAUAUUUCCAUUUUUAUACAUUUUACAUUUUUCAGCAUUUUUCUCUCUCUCUCUCUCUCUCUCUCACACACACACACACACACACACACACACACCUGUAAUUCAAGCAUGAGUCCAUGUGCUCAUCAGACCCUAGGGUAAGGAACUUAAACAUUUUAUUAGAGUUUAUACACAUUUCCCUACAUUUUAUAUUAUAAAAUUAUAAACUCACUAUAAUUGUUCGAUUCUGUAAAGCUGCUCUGUGACAUGAGCGCUGUUUAAUCACUAUAGAAAUAAAACUGAUUUAACUAAAUCGAAUUUAUCUUUAUUAUUAUUUAAAUAACACUGAUAAUCAUUUAGAAUAAUUAGAAUGUUAGUGAGCAUAAUAAUAAUAAAUACUGACUUUAACCUGUGUAAAGCCUCCAGGUGAGUACAGGUACAGAGUGUUGGCGAGUAUAACACUCGUGUUUGUUACUGUCAUGCAGUGUUUCUUACAGAAUGUUACGAUCAUUUAUUUGAGUCGCUUCAAAUCUGGCACAUUGAAAGGG